AAAGGGCAAUUCUAGAAUUUACUCCUGUUCAGUUCCAUUCCGCAGGCUGGCAAGGGACCUGUGUUCCACUUCCAGGGGACUAUACCAGAACUGAAGGGCUGAAAGAGAAGACUUUAGAAGAAUAUUUAUUGUCCAGCACAGUGGGAUAUACUGGACACACUGGCUCCUGAGACCAACGACAGCCACGCCAUCUCAGCCUCUUCUUCAAUUCUCGCUCCUGCUGUGUGUGUCAUUCUGUCUUGAGUCGUGAGGUGUCUUUUUCCCACCAAACUUCUAUCUACUAUCUCUUCUCCAGUCUGGGUCUACUUUCCACUGUCUCUGUCUGUGUGUGGCUGUAGAUCUCCACUCCUCCUGUCCCUCUGUCAUACCCUACCUGCAGUGUCACUGAGCUAUCUGGUGACGGUGUAAAGACAGUAUGUGUUGCACAGGGAAGUGUUCUCGUCUGGUGGGCCUGAUCCUGUUGCCCUCGGCGUUUGCCUGUAUCAUCUCCAACAUCCUCCUGUUCUUCCCCGACGGAAAGCAGCAGGAGAGCAGCCAUGUCUCCAUGCAGGUCUGGCUCAUGGGCGGCCUCAUCGGAGGGGGAAUAUUCAUGCUGUGCCCCAGCUGUUCGGCUAUCAGGGCCGGGGGCAAGGGUUGCUGUGGAAAUGGUUGCUGUGGAAACCGUUGCAGAAUGCUGAACUCUGUCUUCUCUGCUGCAUUCGGUUUGGUCGGAGCUAUCUACUGCACCAGUGUCUCUUCAGCGGGACUGGCCAUUGGACCUAAAUGUGAGGUUGCUAGUGGAAAAUGGGAAUACCCCUUUGAGGACCUACCAGGUGGGAACAGCAGUUACCUGUUUGACCACUCCCUGUGGAAACUGUGUGUGGCCCCUGCCAAUGCAGCCCUGUGGCACCUGGUCCUCUUCUCCAUCACGCUGGGCCUGGGGGGCCUGCAACUCAUCCUCUGUGGCAUCCAGGUAGUCAACGGCUGCAUCGGCUGCUUCUGUGGGGACUGUCGUGACGACAAGGAGGAUGAUGGAGGAUUGUGAGAUGGAGUGAGAAGAAGUAGAGAGGACUGCCCUGCAAUGCCACAGCCUGUCUCCCUGACGACUAGUGCUGAGCGAUUAGUGCGUUUUGAGUUCGGUUCAGUUUCGGUUAGAUUCUAAAAGAUUAUCACGGUUUUUGAUUUCGGGUUCGAUUAUAUAAUACACUAUGCGCUAUGUGUGUUGAACGCUGUAACAACACAGAAUAAAACAAUUAAUACAAGUCCAA